CACCGCAACCAAUCAUUUGUUUUUUUCUCUCAACCCAACCUUUUCGGAACAAUGACAAACCUGACCUGACGAGAUAGUCUACCCCACAAAUAUUUGUUCUGUGGGCAGCCAUUCAUCUACUCACUUCCCACAAAUAAAAAACAAGCAUUAUUGCAACUAAUAAUCCUUGACCUUCACAUAAUAUUGCUGAACCUACAACCUCCCAAGCAACCCUUUGCCUUGCAAAAGAAUUUAGGUCCUAUCUUUUUUCCUUUCCAUUUCCCUCUCCUUUCGAUUUUACCAUGCCCGAAAGCCCCAGCGACAAGAAAGAGCGCAAAGCUCGUUUGAAGGAAGAAGCGAAAGAAUUGGGCAUUAGUUACGAUGAGAUGAAACGUCGGCACAAGAGCCGCAAGCGUGAAGCCGAAGCCUUGGAAUCGUCGGAACACAAAGUCGAAGCGCAGCGCAUGAGGAGUUGGUCCAAGGGAGAUGAAAAUGAUGGCGACGCCUCUAAUAACCCCAGCAACUCUACUAGCACUACUCUGACGGAGGAACCCUCGGCCAAACGCCGUCGUACCCGAUCCAUGGACGCCGCGGAAGAAAAGGCAGCAUUGGCAGAACAAGCCAAGAGUACCAAUCCUGAUGAGUGGCGCAAGGAACACAGCAUUACGGUACAAGGCCACGGGAGCCAUCGUGGAACUACGGAAAUUGCCACUCCCUUUUUUACGUUUGAUCAAACACCGUUUCAUGCCAAUAUUCAACGUUCCUUUCAACAAGCGGGAUUUGAACGUCCGUCGGCCAUUCAAGCACAAGCAUGGCCCAUUGCCAUUCAACAAACCGAUAUGAUUUGCAUUGCCAAGACGGGAUCUGGAAAAACCUGUGGAUUCUUGUUGCCCGCGUUUCAUCAACAGUUGCAACUCAGCGAUGGGAAACCACCGAAUCCUCGUCGCGGUGGUCCUCCCGUCAAACCCGUGCUACUCGUGCUGGCACCCACACGAGAAUUGUCGGUACAAAUCAUGGAAGAAUGCCAAAAAUUUGGACGACCCAUUGGAAUGCGCAGUGUCUGCUGUUAUGGCGGAGCUGCCAAGUAUCACCAGAUUCAAGCGCUGGAACGGGGUGUCGAAGUCGUCAUUGCAACACCCGGGCGUCUCAAUGAUUUGUUGGAAAUGAGGAAAGCAGAUCUCAGUCACAUCAAGUAUUUGGUCUUGGAUGAAGCUGAUCGAAUGCUCGAUAUGGGAUUCGAGCCACAGAUUCGCUCCAUUAUUGAAAAGAUUCCCACGGAACGACAGACCAUGCUCUUUUCUGCCACUUGGCCACGAGAAAUUCAACGAUUGGCACAUGAUUUCUUGAAAGAUCCCAUUCAAAUCAAUGUGGGUGAAGUCAAUGCGCUCGUUGCCAACAAGGAUAUCCAACAAACCAUUCAAAUGUGCGAAGAUAACGACAAAUAUGAUAAGCUCAAGGCUAUUCUACAAGAACUAAAGGAUUCCGUCAGUAACAACAAGGACGGUGAUGAUGAUGACAAGAAGAAACACAAGAAUGGUAGUGCUGGUGGUCCACAAGCACACCAACAUGAAAAAGUCAUUGUCUUUGUCGCCAAAAAGUUUAGUUGCAAUGAUUUGGCCAAUCGACUUUGGGACGAAGGAUUCGCCGUCGAUUCCCUGCAUGGAGAUCGACCCCAAUGGGAACGCACCAAAGUCAUGCAUGCCUUUAAAAGUGGUCUCCUACGGAUCUUGAUUGCCACCGAUGUGGCCAGUCGAGGAUUGGAUGUCAAGGAUAUCGGAACAGUCGUCAACUACGACAUGCCCAUUGGAGUCAAUGGCGUCGAAGAUUAUGUCCAUCGCAUUGGAAGGACCGGGCGUGCCGGUGCCAAGGGGAAAGCAUUUACCUUUUUCACUCGUGGGGACAAGAAAUGCGCCACGAAACUCGUGGAAGUCCUCCAAAAAUCGGAUCAAACCAAUAUCCCGCCGGAACUCUUGGCCAUGGUGCGACCUUCGUUUGGACGUGGAGGUGGCCGUGGACGCGGUGGCAGAGGAGGGUAUCAAGCCAGUCGUGGCGGUGGCGGACGGAAUUACAUGGGAGGCGGCGGUGGCCGUGGUGGGUACGGCAGAGGUGGUGGAUCGUACGGUGGCGGAGGAGGUUAUGGAGGAUCCUCGUAUGGUGGUGGAAGAGGAGGAGGAAGAGGUUACGGUGGCCGGGGAGGAGGUCGUGGAGGUGGCCGAUGCUAUGGUCGUUAGGAGUGACGAGCGAGACGGUGAUACAGAGAGUUGUACAGAAGGAACUUGCCCCCCAGGAGUUUGGUUGGCUUGGCUUGGCUUGGCUCUGCGAUUGAUUGAUUGAUGUAAUGUGUGCAUAAUUUCUUUUUAAAAAACAAUAUAUUUCAUG